ACAUUAGUUAUUGUAAUAAUCAGUUACAAUUUGCAUCCUGCUUGACGAAAGAAAUUUCUUCUGCUCUAAGAAUAGGUGCACACUAUUUUAUGAAACACUUGCUAUUGAAAUGGCUGAGAGCCUGUCCUGGUUCUUAAAAAAUAAUAUCUGGUAUGAUAGUAUUAAUUUCUGUGUGCUAAUGACUUGCCUUUAGUAUAGCUUUUACAGUUUGCCGGCCUGAAUUUUAAGCAGUUUAGAAUACCAAAAGUGGCAUGAGGCAUUGCUUAUAUUAUUACUAAAGCAUAUUGGGUUCUUAACAUUAAUUAUGCACUUGAUUGUCUUGUACUAUGUUAAUUUUUACAGACUAAGGUCUUUUAAUUGACUUGUGUUCUUUCUUUUUUUCCCCUCUACAAUAGUCAGCUUCUACAUCCAUGUCAGGCUUUAUUUUUUAUUUUUAUUUUUAUUUUUAUUUUUUGUGCUCAUCAUAAUGAAAGAGAAAAUGUCCAAGUUUAUUUCACUGUUGAAUUUAUUGAUUAUAUUUCCAACUGUUUUCUGUGCCUUACUUAUUGUAGUACGCAUUGGGUUGCUUUAUGUCAUUUCUGGACUUGGUGGGAGUUUGUUAUCUGCCCUCUUUAUUCAGUCAAAUAUAUCUGUCGGUGCUUCCGGUGCACUUUUUGGCUUACUCGGGGGAAUGCUUUCAGAACUCAUAACUAAUUGGACUAUAUACGCUAACAAGGUAGCAGCAAUGGUGACCCUUGUCAUAAUUAUUGCUAUCAAUCUAUCAGUAGGCAUCCUACCACACGUGGACAACUUUGCUCAUCUCGGAGGAUUUUUAUCUGGUUUUCUUCUCGGGUUUGUAUUUCUAAUCCGUCCGCAGUUUGGAUGGGUUUACCAGCGAUAUGCUCCUGGAUAUUCCUCAACAUCAUCUAAACCUAAAUUUAAGACAUAUCAGUGCGUAUUGUGGAUCCUCUCGUUGAUCCUUGUGAUUGUGGGGUUCACUGUUGGCCUGGUUAUGCUUCUCCGUGGCGUUGAUUUGAACGAUCGUUGUUCGUGGUGUCAUUAUCUAAGUUGCGUACCUACUAAAAGGUGGAGCUGCAACACACAUUACCGUGACUUCUUCACGUCACCGCCCACCGGCCACGUAGAGUCUCAAUCACUCUCGUUGUCUCUCACUUUCGUUCAAAUGUCUGGAUUACAGCAUUAUACAUCCACACCGAGCAUUGGAAGUACUCCAGCACGAUCAAGUGAUAAUCCAUCCCAUGAAGACUUACCUAAUCAGAUAAAUAAACAACAAAAUCCAAUAGACUU